AUGACUUCCAAAAUCCCCUACCUGACCGACGGCCAAAUGACCUUUUUCCUACUUUGCAACAGAGUCAUUCAGUGGCUGAGUAGCGUGAUAGUUCUCGGCAUAACGUCCUCAUUCAUCAAUGUUGGGCCCCGCGGACUGACCAUCGUUUAUGUGGAAAUCAUAACUGAGGCAUUAUUUGAUACUGAUGGAAAUAGGCUGUUGUUUCCGUGGUUAUUUUUUUUACCUGCCUUUGUAUCUCCUUUCUUGACCACACCAGUGAAGGACUUUGUGGUUUUCAUUGAUGUGAUUUUUUCAUAUCUUUGGCUCGCUGCAUUCAUAUUUUCCGCAGUGGACUACAACCAGAACAAUUGCAAUGCCAACGCACCCCCUGGGGUCGCAUGUUCCAAGAAAUGGGCAAAUGAAGCCUUCAUCUUUCUGGUAUUCAUCUUCACAUUCUUUGCACUAUUUCUUGAAGCCUUGUCGCUCUGGAUCGACGACAAAAAGCAUCGAAGCUGCUCAGAGCUGCAUGAAAAGAGAAACCUCAACGCCGAGGGGACCAGCGGUGAAAUGCAUGCCGCCAACCUGGAGGCUGGCAACCUAGAGGCUACCCGGGAUGCCACAGGGGCAAACCAAGUCUGA